AUGAUCCUAAUGGCUGGGCCACCGUAUAUUCGCGAAAUUCACUCAGAUCCAUCAUCAUUGGAUGGUUAUUUGCCGGGCCAAGUAGACGACCGUAGUGAGGUGCUAAAUGCCGGAUUUACGCCACCACAAAGGACCAACAUUUAUGAUCGAUCAAAAGCAGUUUCAGCUGUUAAUAAGACAGUGGCAGAACUGAAAAAUAAAGAACGCUUGACCAGUGUUAUACGAACAGUUAGUGCGCAGUCUUUACCGAUUAACAAUACUGCAAAUAAUACGAAUAAUAACAAAAAUUCGUUGCUUAAAACAACGCCAUAUGAACGACAAGUUUAUUUGCUCAAGAAUGAUCUUAUAGUACAAAAGGAAGUAACAUUAGGGCGACGAAUUGGCUUCUAUAAAUUAGGGAAAGAGUUGGGGGCCGGAAAUUUUUCAAAAGUUAAACUUGGAGUGCAUGUUUUAACGCAAGUAACAAAUUUUUCAAAACGCAAUAUCGGUGAUACUGCUUCUGUAUGUUCGUCAAUGUUUUUAACGGUUAUGAUGUUAAUGACUUUGAUGGGAGCUGCCGACAUUGAUGACACUGAUGUUGUUAGUUUAGAAUCCCUUGUAAUAAACGAGUGA